UGAUGAGAAGGGUUGAAGAAAAUCGCCAUGUAAGUUCACUGCAGUUAGCUAAAGAAGUAGAAAGUCAAAUUGGGGUGAUUGUUUCCCGUGAUGCAAUAUGGCGUACACUGCAGAGGAAUGGCAUGAAUGGGUGUCGUCCAUGAAGGAAGCCUCUCCCAAAGCUCACGCACAAAAAAGCCUGCCUUGAAUUUGCCAGGGCUUUUGCUAAAAAGGAAGAAGACUACUGGGACGCUGUACUCUGGAAUGAUGAAACCAAGAUAAAUGUUUUUAGAACUAAUGGCUUCAAAACUGUAUGGCAAAGGUGAGGAGUACAAAGAAAAAUGCAUGCCCUCAGUGAAACAUGGGGGUGGCAGUGUCCUUCUGGGGAACUGCAUGUACUGCUCUAUAUUGAAAGAGAAGAUGCUACCAUCACUCCGUUUCCAACAUUACAAUGACACAUCUAAGUCUCCUGAUCUGAACCCAAUCAAACACCUACUGGGAAUUCUGAAGAGACAAGUUGAAUAUCACUCUCCAUCCAGCAUCCAGGAUCUAAAAUAA